UACCAACACAAUUUCAAGAUGCCGCGUAUUAUGAUCAAGGGUGGCGUUUGGAGGAACACAGAGGAUGAAAUUCUCAAGGCAGCUGUCAUGAAAUAUGGCAAAAACCAGUGGGCUAGAAUUGCAUCUCUCCUGCACAGGAAGUCUGCAAAACAGUGCAAGGCUCGAUGGUACGAGUGGCUGGACCCCAGCAUCAAGAAGACAGAAUGGAGUCGGGAGGAGGAGGAGAAGCUCCUCCAUCUGGCCAAGCUGAUGCCCACUCAGUGGAGAACCAUCGCACCCAUCAUCGGCAGAACUGCUGCUCAGUGUCUCGAACACUAUGAGUUUCUCUUGGACAAAGCACAGAACAGAGAUGAUUCUGAGGACGAUCCGAGAAAACUAAAACCAGGAGAAAUUGAUCCCAACCCUGAAACGAAACCGGCGCGACCUGAUCCAGUGGACAUGGAUGAAGAUGAACUGGAGAUGUUGUCAGAGGCCCGAGCCAGGCUGGCCAACACUCAGGGAAAGAAGGCCAAGCGGAAAGCCAGGGAGAAGCAGCUGGAGGAAGCCAGGAGAUUAGCAGCACUACAGAAGAGGAGGGAGCUCAGGGCAGCUGGCAUCGAGUGA